ACGGAUUCGAGUCGUGAUAACGCUCAAUUUUAUAAUGGUACUCUCAUUGCAAAGUACGGGUUAUAACCGAGUGGGUCAGGGGCCUGGACAUGUGAUAGUGAUAUUUUAAUUACGGAUUACAGAGGUCAAAAUACGCAUAUAUAAUGAGUAAACUUUUCAAAUCAAAAGCAAGUGAUUUCGAGAACGAAGCUUUAGACGUUCAUAAUGAAUACAGAAGAGAACAUGGUACACCGCCAUUAGUCCUAAAUAAAGAUAUCUGCAAAGUUAGCCAAAAAUGGGCCGAUGAGUUGGCCAAAAAGGACUCUAUGUCCUAUAGUUUAAAUCCAGAUUUCGGUGAAAGCGUAUACUGUGGUUGGUCAUCGGACCCAAAUGUUAAGAUCAGAGCACGUGACUGCAUAGACAGAUGGUACAGCGAAAUAAAUGAAUACUCAUUUGGAAAAGAACCGGAAGUAUUAAAUUGCGGGCAUUUUACACAAUUAAUAUGGAAGAGCACAAAAGAACUUGGAAUUGGAUGCGCAAAGAGUAAAUCUGGUAAACUGUAUGUAGUAGCUAAUUACUACCCUCCAGGAAACUAUGGUGAACAGUUUGUUAAAAAUGUUCCACCGCCUGGUGCAUUUCAAUUCAAAUCUACUUUUAACGACGAAUCAAGUAGUAGUACUCCUUAUGAAUCUAAUAAUAACGUGCCUUCAUCGCCACAAAGAACCAGCAAAAAUCUAACUGACUACGCCGCUGAUUUGGUUACUAAAUUAAAGUCAACUACAAUAUCAUCUGAUAAAUUUGAAGAAGAAUUUUUAAAUGCUCACAAUGAAUAUCGGAGUAAACACCGUGUGCCUCCGCUAGUUCUGAAUAAAAAACUUAACAAGUAUGCUGAGGAAUGGGCCAAAACUAUAUCCAAAAAUGGAAGGGUUGAACAUAGAGAUCAAAAUGAGUAUGGUGAGAAUAUAUUCUAUGCUUGGUCAUCCGAUCCAAACUUUGUUUUAACUGGUAGAGACCCAGUGGACAAAUGGUAUAGUGAGAUUCAGAAUCAUGAUUUCGGCAAAGAGCCAGAUAAUUUAGGCUCAGGUCAUUUCUCCCAGGUUGUUUGGGAAGAUACUAUGGAGGUUGGUGUAGGCGUUGCGAAGACAAAAGAAGGACAAAUAUAUGUUGUAGCAAACUAUCACCCUCCCGGUAAUGUAAUCGGUAGUUUUGCGACUAAAGUUCGUCCGCCUGUUUAUUAGAUUACAAAGCUAGUUGUAGAAAAUUUAUCAUUCCAAACGUUUCUACGUAUUUUCGGACGUAUUUAUUUUUCAUAUUAAUGGAUUAGUUUUAAUGAUUAGAUAAGUCUGUUGCAAUGACCACGGAAGACAAUAUGUAUUUUUUUUAUAUAUAAUGAUUUCAAUAUGUUUGUGAACGAAAAUACAUGUUUAAAAAAAUUUGAUAUUUUUAUAAACAUAUAAGAGGAAAUACUAGUUUUGACGAUAACGUCAUACUAUAACCCAUAUUUCGGUUUUAGCCACUUAAAAAUUUAUUGUUUCAUAAUUAUAUAGCAGAAAAUUUAGUCUUUGUAUUAUUCAUCAUACAACAUCCCUUUUUAUGUAUUAACCAAAUUAUUUUUAAUUACUUCCCCGUCUAAAAUAUCUUACGAAUAACUUAAAACAAACGCAUUUUACGGUUUGCAUUUUGUAUUAACUAUGCAUUCGUUAUUAAGAUAUUUCUUACAUUAAAAUUAUUGUAUGGAAAAUAUACUUUAUGUAAUCCUGAUAUGAGCUGAAAUAGAAAACCGAACAGAAAAUUCAAACCAAUGGAUAUUGUAAGUUUGAUAUUAAUCGUUAAUAUUGAUACGAACACAGGAAAUUGUGUCCUAUUUCAUUAAGUCGAUGAUAUAUUAUAGGUUGAAGCACUGAAGUUAAAUAUUUACUAGACGUAGAAAGCUAUUGCAAUCAACACACAUUUUAUUAUAGGAGUUUUUAAUGGUAUUGUAAAAUAAUAGUGCCUUGAAAUGGAUUGGUUUGUUAUGUAUUUAAUAGCUGUGGUGAGUGAUAUUAUUAAUUAAAGUAUUCUUAUUA